UUCGUUAAGGCCCUCAGAAACACUUUCAGGAACUUGGAAGCUACGUCUCUUGACCCUUUUGCUUUGCUUUGCUUUCUUUCUUUCUUUUCUUUGCAUUGGUGUUGAUAUCUCAAAAGGAUAUUUGGAAUCUUCUUUCCUCUCUUACCCUUUUUCUUUAUCUUCCUCUCACACUCUCUCCCACUCCACUACCCUACAAUUUUCGACAGGACACAACGCACCCAACAAAGUAUAUAACAACAACAUAUACGUGUGUUAGUAUCGGACAUUCUUUAGUACAACUAAAGUUGGAGUCUUGGUUUGUGUUUUUCAUUUUUUUUGGACGAGGUUUUGGGAUGGAGGGUUUAGCAGGUUUGAGCCAUCUUUUUGUGACAAUAUUUCUAACUGGGUUUGGUGGUGUCAUAGCUAUUCCUUCAAUCACAGAUGUUACCAUGGCUGCACUUUGCCCUGGUCAAGAUCAGUGUUCCCUUGCCAUUUACCUCUCUGGUAUCCAACAAGCUAUGGCUGGAGUGGGGUCAGUGGUGAUGACACCACUUAUAGGAAACUUGUCCGACAGAUAUGGCAGGAAAGCCUUGAUCACUCUUCCUCUCACUCUCUCAGUCAUUCCUUAUGUGAUAUUGGCAUAUAGCAGGGAGACCCAAUUCUUCUAUGCGUACUACGUUGUGAGAACUCUUGCUUCCAUGGCAGGCGAAGGGUCCUUCCACUGCCUGGCUUUAGCAUAUGUGGCAGACAAGGUUCCAGAUGGGAAACGAACAUCUGCAUUUGGGAUACUUGCUGGUGUUGGAUCAGCAUCAUUCGUUGGUGGAACACUAGCAGCUCGUUUUCUAUCCACUGCCUUGACAUUUCAGGUUGCUGCUGUCUUGUCAAUGAUUGCAUUGGUGUACAUGAGAAUUUUCCUUAAGGAUAGUGUACCUGGUGGUGGUGUGAGGCAGCCAUUGUUGAAAGAGGUGGAGGAGACAUGUGCUGAGGAUGAUUCAUCACGAAGGGCAACAGGAGCAUUCAAGAAACUUCCCUCUCUGGGGGAUUUGAUUUGCUUGGUCAAGUGUAGUCCCACGUUCUCACAAGCAGCAGUUGUUUCGUUCUUCAAUAGUCUUGUGGAAGGUGGCUUGAUGGCUGUAUUGCUGUAUUAUUUAAAGGCACGGUUUCAAUUCAACAAGAACCAGUUUGCAGAUUUGUUGAUGAUUACUGGGGUUGGAGCUACUCUUGCACAACUAUUUCUCAUGCCCGUUUUAGUGCCUGUUAUAGGAGAGGAGAAGCUGCUCUCCACAGGGCUCUUGAUUGGCUGCAUAAAUGUCCUAGUCUACAGCAUAGCAUGGUCAGGAUGGGUUCCUUAUGCUCUAGCAGGUUGCUCUAUAUUCACAGUUUUUGUGCGGCCAAGUUUAUGCAGCAUUGCAUCGAAGCAAGUUGGACCUACAGAACAGGGAAUGGUUCAAGGAUGUCUUUCAGGAAUUAGUUCCUCCGCCAACAUCAUUGCUCCGUUAGUUUUCAGUCCACUGACAGCCUUAUUCCUGUCAGAAAAUGCUCCGUUUUAUUAUCCUGGCUUCAGUCUGCUGUGCCUUGGGCUAGCGAUGAUGAUAGCAUUUUUUCAGAGUCUAAUGAUCCGAGCUGCUCCUCCUAUUGUGGUUGGAAAAAAUAGCAGUAGCCGCUGCACGGAUACUUUGGUCUGAGAUGAUGAUUACUAUGCUCUCGAUCGGGCAAUAAACAUUAUCCCUUACUGCUUCAUUUUGUCUCAAAUUGUUGUUCAUAUUCAGACGAUAAAUUAGAAAGAUGGCAGAAGGAAUAGCACUGUAAGCAUAGAUUAUAUCUCCAUGUAUGCUUGGGCACUUGGAGAUAUAAAACAGUAAAUACAAAAAUACAAAAAAAUAUAUAUAUAUAAGGAGAUGUUGGUUCUGAAAAAUAUUAAUCCGUUGAACCAGCAACAGAACCACAGAUUUCUAUGGAAUUAUUAAGAGGAAAUGUGAAAUAUGUUCAUGAACCAUAGGAUCUCACUAGUUACUGCUUAGGCAUUCUAUCUUUGCAAUGUUGACCAUUGUAUGCAAACAUCCUUGAGCCUUAGCACUAUUUAGCUUACACUUCUAGGAAGUAUAUUUUUUUUUUUUCAAAGUUUCCACUCCUUAGUCAUCAGUCAGGAACUUAGUAACUUUUAUAUUAUGAAUGAAACAAUUCAGUUUGAGCCAA